AUGGAGCGAGCGCGCGGGCCGCAGGGUGAGACCGGCGCGCCCGCGGAGGAGGGGGCGGUCAUGGCGGCUCUGCCGGCGGCGGCUGGGGGCGCGGGCCCGGCCGUCCUGCAGGUGGCCGGCCUCUACCGGGGUCUGUGUACCGUGCGCAGCCGCGCCCUGGGCCUGGGCCUCGUUUCACCCACGCAGUUGCGCGUAUUCUCCGUGCGCCGCGGCUCGGGCCGGCCUGCGGGGGGCGCGGACGGCAACCGGGUGGAAGCCGAGCUGGAAGCCAACCCCUUCUACGACCGCUACCGCGACAAGAUCCAGCAGCUGCGCAGGUCUGACCCCGCUGCUUUUGAGUCUCGCCUGGAGAAGCGCGGUGAGCUUCAGAAGCAGCCAGUGGGGCACUCCAGGCAAGGUGACUUUAUCAAAUGUGUGGAGCAAAAGACAGACACCUUGGGGAAACAGCCUAUGAGCAGAGGAUUCACUAAGGACAAGACUCUCAGUUCAAUCUUUAACAUUGAGAUGGUGAAAGACAAGACUGCAGAAGAAAUAAAGCAGAUUUGGCAGCAGUAUUUUGCAGCAAAAGAUACAAUCUACGCGGUUAUUCCUGAAGAAAAGUUUGAUUUGAUCUGGAACCGGGCUCAGUCCUGUCCAACAUUUCUGUGUGCGCUACCAAGAAGGGAAGGUUAUGAGUUCUUUGUAGGACAAUGGACAGGUACUGAACUCCACUUCACUGCACUUAUAAAUAUUCAGACCCGAGGGGAAGCUGCAGCCAGCCAGCUGAUUUUAUACCACUACCUUGAACUUAAGGAACAAAAGGGAAUAGUGUUGAUGACAGCAGAAAUGGACUCCACAUUUCUGAAUGUUGCUGAGGCACAGUGCAUUGCCAACCAAGUUCAGCUCUUCUAUGCCACUGAUCGGAAAGAGACCUAUGGGUUAGUGGAGACCUUUAACCUCAGACCAAAUGAGUUCAAAUACAUGUCUGUCAUUGCGGAACUGGAGCAAAGUGGACUUGGAGCAGAACUGAAAUGUGCCCAGAACCAGGAUAAGACUUAAAGCUAUAAAAGUUGGCUCCACUCAGGGUCUGCUCAGCCCUGGAUAAUGUAGAGCCCACCCACUUGAACUACAGAGAACUCAGCUUAUAACCGUGAGCAAUCUGUAAUGAGCUGUCCUGUGUGCUUAUUGCAAGAAAUGAUUAUGGAGGCGAGCCCUACUGCUUGAUAUUCAGGUACAAAGGUACCCAAACAUUCUGAUAAUUAAUUCCCAGCAUACUUGAGGUUUCCUUUUAAGAGACUGAGGUCAUAACAAGAGAUAACCAAGGAUCCAGAGGAAGGUUUACCUGAUUUUACACGGUAGAACAGUACAGUUGUAUUCUGGCCGUUUCAGACCUUACAGCUCUGGCAUGAUCAGUUCUUCCUCUUUAUAAACUUGUGACAAGAUAAUGAGCUUAGAGGCCUGCUAUGUUUAGAUGUGGCCUUUACAUACUCUUCCCAUGCACUAGACACAACCUGGAUAUCCUUGUUUAGAUUCUAGAAUAACCAGAUAUUGCCAUCAGAAUAAAGAUUUCAUCCAGAUGCCCCCCAGAGCUGCCUUUAGAGUAGCUGGUGUGGAAUAUCAGCAGAUUUCAGGUAUGAUUAGAUACACAGGUACAGGUACAGUGCCUGCGUGUUAUUAAGCCAUGUCAAGUGGUACUUGUUCCUCUAACUCUGCCUGUUAGAAGCUGUGUAUUUGAAGGGGAUAUAUCAGUGUAGUAUAAAUAAAUCAACACUUUUGUAAGGGGAAGAUUAAUCCAGAUUUGCAUGAUUUUUUUUUAAAUAAUUCUAAGCAAUGCCAUUAUUAUAUGAAAAAGUGGGUAGAAGCAAAUGUUCCCAGAUUGGGCGUAGGAAAAAUGUAACAAUAAAAUAAAGUCUGGUUUACAA